CGCCGCUUGCCGCCCAUCCAGCUCACACUGACCGCUACGUCUCACUCUCUCCUCCCGUCCUCAGGUCCUCCCUCUCCUAGCUAGGUAAUUGCCUAGCUACGGGUAGAGCUAGCUAGCUGGUGAUCACCACGCGCGCCCGCAGGCCGCAGCUCCUUUUAAGCCGGCCGGGUCGGACACGGCAUGCGCUGCUCCGCUCGCACGGCAAACGAUGGCUCCAGCUUCCGCCUCGCUCCUCCCCGCCGCCAGCUCCAAGCGCCCCUUCGCCGCCGACCAAGCCUCCGACGCUGAUGAGCAAGAGCAGCCACUCGCGCAGGAGGGACCGGUGACCAAGAAGAACGGCGACGGCCAGAGUCAGCAGCAGCAGCCGAAGCUGGAGUGCCCGCGGUGCAGCUCCACCGACACCAAGUUCUGCUACUACAACAACUACAGCACCGCGCAGCCGCGCCACUACUGCCGCACCUGCCGCCGCUACUGGACGCACGGCGGCACGCUGCGCAAGGUCCCCGUUGGCGGCGCGUGCCGCCGCGGCUCCGGCAGCGGCAAGCGCCGCAGGUCCUCCGCGGAGCCCCACACGCCCUCCUCCGACUCGCCGCCACCGCCGCAGCAGCCGGAACAGCAGGACGCACUCCCCCCGCUCCCGGUCUUCCCGUUCCUCACCGACGGCGCCGUCUUCCUGCCGCAGUUCGACCUCGGGCUCGGCGGCUUCCCGUGGACGGCACCGACGGCCACGGACCACCUCUAUGACAGUCUCGCGCCGUGGGGUGGCUGCGACGGGGCGCUCGCCCCCUCCGGCGCGUGGGAGGACUUCGGCGGCCUCGAGCUUACCUGGCCACCACCGCCACCCCCGGCGGCCGGCAACUGAUGAUCGGCGUCGUCAUGUCAGUCGGCGUGUCGCCGGCGCGUUCGAGGCUCCUGUUUUAUCAUCGCAGCCUCGAGGGAUCGACCAGCUAGUUGUUGCUUACCUUACCAGUCUGCAGUGUCACCAGUGUGUCUCCUGAGCUAGGAAUGUACUCAUAGAGCUCCAUCGAUCCUCCCAUUUCUUCUCAUGCUUAGUUAUAAAUGAUGUGGCGAUUGUUGUUUUAAUCAAUGGACCAUGAUCAGUCGUGUAGCUGCAGGGAAGAGGAUGUAACUUGGUAUGUGCAGUGAUAUAUUAUAUGUUUGCAAUAAAAUGGUUAAACGGUGUUGCUCCAGCAA